AUGCUAGAGGAUACUCUACAGAGCACAAAUUCGGAGUGGGAAGCACCGACCCAGAAAGAUAAAUUUCCAAAGCCUUGCAAUUGGAGGAAAAAUGAAUUCAAAAAAUGGACCAAAUUGGCAUCCCAAGGCCGCGGAAUUGUAAAUUUUGAACGAGAUAAAAUUAGUAACCAUUGGCUCCAAUACUACAGACGCAUACCUCACAGGAAACUCCUCACUGCACUACAACUCAGGGCCAACGUUUACCCCACAAGAGAAUUUCUAGCCGGGGGUAGACAAGAUCAAUACAUCAAGGCGUGUCGGCACUGCGAUGCGGACAUUGAAUCCUGCGCCCACAUCAUCGGCAACUGCCCAGUGACACAGGACGCCCGAAUCAAGAGGCACAAUUACAUCUGCGAACUGCUUCUCGAGGAGGCGAAAAAGAAGGACUGGGUAGUGUUCAAGGAACCGCACAUAAGGGACUCCAACAAGGAACUGUACAAACCUGACCUGAUAUUUGUGAAAGAUGCCUGUGCACUUGUUGUGGAUGUGACAAUACGAUACGAAGCAGCCAAAUCAUCGCUGGAGGAAGCCGCUGCAGAGAAAGUGAACAAGUACAAACACCUGGAAACUGAAGUAAGAAAUCUCACCAAUGCAAAGGACGUUGUUUUUGUGGGCUUUCCCCUAGGAGCGUGGGGGAAAUGGCACCAAGGGAAGGCGCAGGAGGCGCUGCAGCAGCGCUACCGAGUGGGUUCGCUGCUGGGGCGCGGCGGCUUCGGCAGCGUCUUCGCAGCCACGCGGCUCUCGGACGGUGGUCCGGUGAGCGGCGGGGCCGGCGGUGGGGAGGCGGAGGAGGAGGAAGAGAAGGAGGAGGAGGAAGGAGGAGGCGGAAGGAGGAGAAGGAAGCAGGAGGAUGGGGCUCGGCAGGGCGGGCGGCGAGCUGAACCCGGUGGUGCCUUUGGUUUGCAGGUGGCCAUCAAAAGGGUGCCACGGAACCGCGUCCGGCACUGGGACGAGCUGCCCGACGGCACCAGCGCACCCCUGGAGAUCGUGCUGCUGGACAAGGUGUCCACUGGCUUCCCUGGUGUGGUCCAGCUGCUGGAGUGGCUUGAGCUCCCCAACAACAUCGUGAUGGUGCUGGAGCGGCCGGAGCGGUCUCAGGACCUCCUGCAUUUCAUUCGGGCACGGAGGUUCCUGUCUGAAGAGGUGGCACGGCAGCUGUUCCGCCAGGUGCUGGAGGCCGUGCGGCACUGCACCAGCCGAGGGGUCCUGCACCGCGACAUCAAACCAGAGAAUAUCCUGGUUGACCUGGCCACUGGCCAGGCAAAAUUGAUCGACUUUGGCUGUGGCACCUACCUGCAAGACACAGCCUACACUCACUUUGCAGGAACACUGUCAUACAGCCCCCCAGAAUGGACCCACUUGGGCUGUUACCAUGGCGAGGCAGCAACGAUCUGGUCCCUGGGCAUCCUGCUGCACCAGAUGGUCUGCGGGCAGCACCCUUUCAGGAGGGGCUGGAAGAUCAGCUGGGACCAUCAGCUCUCGCUGCCACAGCGGCUCUCUCCAGGUGGAUCCUCAUCUCUGGCCACGGGGGAAUACCAGUGCUGGGAGACAGCAGCAGCUCAGUGCCAAGAUCUUAUCAGGUGGUGUUUAUCCAUGCACUUCUUGGACAGACCUUCAUUAGAAGACCUGUUCUGUGAUCCUUGGAUACAGGAUAUUCACCUGCCAUAGAAAAAGGGAGAGAGCCACAUGCACACUUUGCUCCAGGGCCCUGCUGGGGCCCUGGGCAGAACCCUGACAGCCUGGUCUGACCCGCAGGGAAGGAGAUAGAGUCCUUGGAGAAGCUGUACCAGGCGGGGCUGCUGCUGCUGCUGGAGACAGCGACGACAACAUCAAGGAUGACACCUCUUCCUCAACCUGGCCACUGGCAGCUGAAGAUGAUGGACUUCUGGCACCGUCUUCAAAGCCAGGCUCCACAGCGAAUUCGCAGAUGAGUCCACAGCCGGGGAAAUGCUCCCAGAUUUGGGCAUUGCUCAGACUGGCUGGGAACAAAAGUUUCUCCCUUUGCUGGAGCAGAUGCAACUUCAGUCGGCUGCCCAGCUGCUUUUUGGCAGGGCUGGGGGCAUGGGCUGGGCUGGAUACAAGAUGGGAGUUGGCUCCUGGCCCUGCCAACAGCCCCCAGCACCCAGCAUGGCCUGGGCUGAGGCUGGGGCUGGGGCUGGGGCAGCCAGCCCGGCACAGAGAAACCCCCAUGGCGGGAGCAGAGGUGGGACUCCAGAACCUGUGCAGGGGCUGCUUUGCUUUGCAGGCAAGGAAGGGCUUGGGCUGCUCCACUGCCCUUGUUUGCUUUGGGAUCACCGUUAUUUUGGGGGGCAGUGCAGGAGGGAAGAGAGAAAGUGUGGCCUUCUCUCCCCCAUGGGUGGGAUUUUCCCUAGCAUGUAGGGGUUGGGCCUUCCUCAGACCUCUGACAGAGAUAAGAGUUUUUUUCUUGUUUCCCCUUGUCUCUAAUCUCUUUUCAACAGUUUGUUGUUUGUUUUUCUAGAGGAAGCGUUCUAUGUAAGGUCCAGUCGGGAUUGGGAAGUGCCUG